AUGGAUGAACGCCAUUGGUGGAUAGCUGGUAAAAUCCAGGAAACGUUUAAAAUCGGCGGCUAUGAUAAUCCAACGCUGUUGGAGGAUUUUAUGACAGAGGAAGGGACGCUCACUAAAAUAAACCGUUUUCUGAAGUCAGGAGGUCCAUGUCGACUGUUUUUCUAUUCGGAAAAACCAGAAAGUGCAACAUUGUCGUCAAGAGAACUGUAUGUCACAGGAACAUUAGCUGCAUUAAAAGAUGUAAAUUUAGAUAAUGUAAACAUUCUUUACUUUCUCAGAAAUCGAGUUGACAAAGAUGUGGAUGCUCAUCGGAUGGAAAGAGAUGUGUUCUGUGGGGAACUCAAACACAAUACUAUUGAAACACUCACGGCAUUGUUAUCAGAUGUGUACCUCCCACUCAUUAAGGCCCAGAAAGAAUGGGGAGAAUGCAACAAUGAAUGCCAGACAAAUCUUACACAUAGCAUGGACAAAUUUUUGACGGCAUUAAAUGAGUCAACUGCUUCCAUGCAAACUUCAAAACAGUUGAUGCUGAAGCAGCCAGAAAAUGUUAUAUUGAACGACUUCAAACAACAAAGAGCAGCAGCCCUAGACCCUCAGUUGAUUAGUCAGUAUGAAGAACUCGUAAAUGAUUGGAUGAAUACUAUAGAGACAACACUAAAUGAUACCUCAGAUGAAAGAUUUUUGGAUCCUAAUGCAGGACCUUUGUCUGAGUUAGAACGUUGGCGUCGGCGUCAGCGACUCUUAACUAACAUCACAGAGCAGCUGAAGAGCAAGGAAUGCAAGGCUGUAAUAGGGGUACUCAUUACAGUCAAGUCCAGACUUCUAAAGAAAUGGAAGAACGUUGAUGCAUCAAUCACUGAUGCAAUGAAUGACACAAAGGACAAAGUAAAGUAUCUGGAGUCAUUGCGGCGCCAUUUUGAUCAGCUCUAUCAUGAUGCCACACCAGCAUCCAUCAUCAACAAUGCUAUUCCUGGUAUCACCAACAGUGUCAGGCAGAUGGAUUCCAUCUCACGGUAUUACGCCCGUGUAGGGUUCUUAGGCCUAAUGUUCACCAAGAUCACUAAUCAGCUUGUCCUGGCCUGUAAGGAGUACAUUAAGAACUGUACUAUCACUGUGUACGAUGGUGAUGAACUGUGGGAGCGCAUUGGUGAAGAGAUUCGUAGCCGUGACACCAUUCCUACUAUGGACACUCAACAAAAAUUUCUCAAGAGUCAAGUAGAGGCCAAUCUCAAGAAUGCACCAUCCCGAGGUAAGAGUAAGGAGGGGAAGGAUCUAGGCCUACAGGAUGACAGUUUGUUUGGGCGAUUGAGAGCCUGCCUCACUCUACAGGGAUACUACCGCGAGAUGCUAAGGUCCCUUAAGGAUGCCUUAGGACAGAGCCAGAACCUAUCCCACUUCCCGUCCCUCAGUAGUGUAGGAGGACCAGGAAGUUUCACAGGUCAAGGUACCAGUAUUGCAUCAAGAGGGACCAGUGUAUCCCCAAAGAAGGGCCAAUCCAUAAUGAUAGCAGACACACAGGGACAUGGUGUGUCUAUUGCUGAUGAAGAAGCUAUCAUGUCUCACAUGGACUCCUUCUGUAAUCGUAUCCGCCAACUCAUGGAUGUCAUCAACACAUUAGCUCAGUACAACAAAAUGGUGCACACUACAACAGGAAUACCUCGCCUGAGGAAGGAGGAUCUUAUUAACGAGGACGAGAACGAGAAGGAUAUUUACAAGUAUCGUAAACGCCAACAAGAGGCACUUAAGGCUGCUAGUAAGUUGGUAUAUGAAGAUGAAGAAGCAGAAGGAGGGCUGACAUCUGUACAGAUUACCUCCCCUGAACGGAGUCUUGGAGCAAUUGCAGAAGACGAGGAGAAUCAGGAUGACCCAGGGUCUGAUCCAGAAGAUAUGACUGCUGAGAAAAAGGAAGUUCAUACAGAUCCGACAGAUGAUGUGUUUGAGACAGUCAAUGGCAAACAAGGACUAAGUGAUGAAGAGAUAGCCGUUAUAAGAAAGUACUUUCCUGAAGAGGAAGAGGAGGAAGGACCCAGUAUAUCGUACACUGUUGCUCAACAUCAUGAAAGCAUGAUGAAGGCCAUGAGUGAAAACGUUACCACAAAGACUAUGCUGGAUGUAGAAUCUAAGGACAGAGACAAGUUUGAUGAAUACUAUGCCAACUUUGCCACAACGGUACAGGAACUGGAAACUUUUAUGGCUGCCUACCUUCAUGCUAUAUUCCUCAGGAAGAAAAUGAAGACAACUCAAGGAUUGGACAUCAUUACAAGGUUCACACCUGUCCAGAGUAGACCAGGGAUUCGAGCCCAUAUAGCUGAGAAGUUUGUAGAGAUCUUCAACUGGUAUGAAACUGAUCUUGAGGAGGUUCAUAACAUCUACGAAACACACAAGGAAAACCCCCAGAUGGUGAGGAACGCCCCUCCUGUAGCAGGGGCCAUUCACUGGUCCAGACAGCUACUCAAGAGAAUCGAGGACCCUAUGAAAGUGUUCCGCGAUAAUCGAGCUAUCAACCAGCUUGGAGAUUUCGGCCGCAUUGUGAGGAUCUACAACAGACUGGCCACGGCUCUGGUGACCUUUGAAAGUCUUUGGUUCACACAGUGGAAGAACAGAAUAGAACAAGCUCGCAGUGGUCUGAGGGCUACGCUAUUUGUUCACCACCCUUCCAAUGAAGAGAUAGUUGUCAAUGCUGAUGAGAGAGUAUUGGAGCUGAUACAUGAAGCUAAGUGGUUGACCCGCUUGGGUAUACAGAUCCCCGAGUCAGCCGUAUCCAUCAUGCAACAGGAGUCACGCUUCAAGAACUACAAAUCUCACCUGGAAUUAGUGCUUAAUGAGUACCGAGAAGUCUGCUCAUCCAUCCCAGAACCUCUCAUCAAGCUUUUCACUCCACACAUGGAGUUUGUGGAGCAGCAGCUUCAACCUGGCCUCACAACUCUGGCAUGGAACAGCAUGAAUAUAGAUGCAUUCCUCCACCAGAUCCACUCAGCCACACAGAAGCUGAAGGGUAUGCAGCAGAAGGUCCAUCAUAUAAUGGAGCAAGACAUCUAUGGUACCCUGGACACUAUCAGAAACUUCUACCUCUUCGAUUAUGAAGAAGCUAUCUCACGGUCAUGGCCUCCUCUUGAAUUUCGGGACAAAAUGUUGCGGAGUAUCCAAUCUCGCUCGGAAACCCUGAAGCAGUCUGUGGCAUCUGUGUUGUCAGGUCUUCAAAGAAUAGCAAACACUCUAGCUACAAAGAAGGAAUACACGUUUGCUCCUAUCCAUUCCAUGGUUGUUGCAAAAGCAGCUGCGGCCAAGCUCAAGCAAAAAUUCAUGACUCGAUCAGAGAAACAUCCCCUGAGUAAACCCGCCAUAAGUUUCCCACUGACUGAUCAUCCUAGCAAGUCCAAAAAGAUGGCGAUGAUGAUGGAUGAAAUGGAAGCUAUGAGGGAACGACAAAAGAUUGAAGAAGAAGAAAACAACAUAGCUGAUCUCAUUGCCCACUUCCGAGAUCAUGUGUACCAGGCAGUUCUUCAGGCUACCUGUAAGUCUUUGGCCACACUUGCGGAGAGUACAGGGUGUGACAGUGAGGUGAUUCGUGUGGUCAGUGCAAUGUCAAUGGGGUCAACACCUCGGGACAGCCCAAGUCCUCGGUCACCUACUCGGAAUAGUCGGGAACCUUCUGCACACAGUCGUGUGUCCUCUGCAGCCACCGAUCGCCCACUGACCAGUAUGUCCAUGUUGUCGAAUAUGACUUGGACAACAGAGAGAAGCAAUACGACUACACUGCUACAGUUUGAAGUAGAGGUCCACUUUAUGAUCCCAAACAUCAUUGUAGAACCAACACUGGACAUCGCUCAGACUGCCAUACAGGAUGUUGCUAAUGCUGUCCUUGAGGCCAACAGAUAUGUAUCGUGGAUUGGACCACAGGGACAGGAAAACUUCUAUUCUCUCAUAGCAGACGAUGAAAAUGUUGCUCAGAUGACAUCACAACUGUCCAAUAUCAUUAAUGAGAUUGACACUGUAGUGAACAAACACUUAUUCCACUUUAGUUACUAUAACUUCCUGUGGAAGGAUGAUCUUCAUGGCAAUUUCAAAGAGUUCAUCUCAGCUGAUCCUGGAAUGUUUGCCAUCAAACGGGAGGUGGAGAGGUUCUUAUACAUAGAGAAGAAGGUAUUAGGAAUCCCUAAGGUUUUACCUGUAGGGCCAAUCUCUCUCCACACCGACCCCAUCAAGGAUGCUUUACAUGGAUUUGCUAUGGCAUGGAAGAUCAAGUUUGCUUCUGUCUUACAUGAGGAGGCUAAGAAAAAACUGGAUGCUGCAGUAUUGUACAGGUCUAACGUCCGUAAUCGUCUGGAGCUGCAUGUCCAGUCCCUUGACCAGUUGAAUAGUGCUCUCCAUCUUUUGGAGGAGCUUUGGGACAUGGAGAAUAAGAUAGAUAGUAUAUACCUGCCUAUAGAGACCAUGUAUGCCAAACUCAGGGAGUUUGAGCUUCGCCUCCCAAGGAAUGAAGUGGAGGAGGUGGACCAGCUACGAGACAAAUGGCAGGAGCUGAUAGAACUAGCUGAGCAGGUCCGUGAGGUCCUUCUCAAGGAGCGCAGGGGAGCUUUCGAACAGGAACUAGACAAACAAGUCAAGACGUUUGUGGUAGAGGUGAUCCAGUUCAGGAAUGCAUUUGACGCUCAGGGUCCAGCUGUGCCAGGGAUACCCCCAGCUGAGGCUGUUGCCAGGUUACAAGACUUUCAGCAGAAGUAUCUGUUGUAUGACUCUAAGCGUAAUACAUUGGAAUCGGUGUCUAAACUGUUUGGGAUCGCCUGUAAACCAUUCUCGGAGCUGGAUAAAACUGGGGAGGAGUUAGACUUACUCAGUCAGUUGUACGGACUGUUCCAGAAAUUCCUUCGCUUUGAUGCCAGAUUCAAAGACACUCUUUGGGCAGAGGUUGAUCUUGAAGCUUUCUUCAGAGAGGUUGAAGGCUACUGGGAUGAGUGCUUAGCCCUUCCAAGUAAACUAAAAGACUGGGAUGCCUACCAUGACCUGAAGACAUCCCUACAGAAUUAUCUUGAGGUGUUCCCUCUCCUCCACAGUCUCAACUCUAAGGAGAUUCGUAACCGCCAUUGGCUAGAAGUGAUGAGGGUAACUGGCAGCUCCUUCCAGUUGGAGGCCAAUGUCUUCAAACUGCUCCACCUACUGGACAUCGGCCUUAUCAAACAUAAGUCAGAGAUCGAAGAAAUCUGUCGGGGAGCUAGUCGAGAGUUGGAACUUGAGAUAAAGAUGCGAGUGACGGAGGAGGAAUGGAAUGAACAGGUGUUAACAUUUGAACAUUACAAGAAACGUGGCCCUAUGUACCUAGACAAGGUAUCCACAGAACGUUUGUUGGAACAGCUGGAAGAUGCUCAGGCUUUACUCGCAAACAUGUUAACGUCACGCUACAUUGGUCCUCUAAGGGACGAAGCUGCAGGCUGGGCGGAAAAACUGAAAACUGUGGCAGAGGUAUUGGAACAGUGGCUUGAGGUUCAGGACCUGUGGCAGUAUUUAGAGGCUGUCUUCAGUAAUUCCAUCGCAGCUAAGGAAUUACCUCAAGAGGCCAAAAGAUUUGCCAGAACUGACAAAAGCUGGACAAAACUGAUGAAGAGAGACUUUGAGACUAGGAAUGUUUUACAGUGCUGUUAUGGCGGUGAGGUGCCAAAAGCUGUUCUCCUGAAAAACAUCCACGAGGAACUGGAGAUCUGUUUCAAGUCCUUGAUGGGUUACCUUGACAAUAAAAGGCGGGCCUUCCCCAGAUUCUACUAUGUAUCUGACCCCAUUCUGCUGGCUAUCCUGAGCCGACCAAGCGACCUGGAGUCUGUCAGACCUCACCUCAAAUCUCUCUUCAGCAGUAUCUAUGAUGUACGACUAGAGGAAGCAAACACUCUUGAUGAACCAACAGAUGAGGUUGGUUUUGUCCAAUCACGUACUGGAGUACGUACACCUACAGGGUCAAGGGUGCGAACCUCCUCUGCACUCUCACCUAACAACAAUACGCCACACAAGAUAGACAAGAGAUUAACAGAGAUUUAUGUAAUGUCAGGAACAACUAGUGACGAUAGCAAAAGUAUGAACCCUAGUGCCAUAGCACAUGCUCCAGCCUUCAUGCCGUCAGAGGGAAUUGUAGAGGACAGUGUAUUCAGAGAUGCUGUGGCAGUUAGCAGUGCUGAAGGGGAGCUUGUUCAAUUACAGGACAAGGUAUUUCUUACCGAUGGUGUGGAAAUGUGGCUACAGAAGCUGAGAGAGUCUGUUGCCAAGACUAUCAAGGACCUCAACAUCAACAUCAUACAGGAAUGUAACAAUGGUGUGGCCAUGGAUGAGUGGCCAUAUAAGUACCCAGCACAGGUGUGUCGUAUGGGCAUGCUAUAUUAUUGGACACGAGAAUGUGAUCAGGGCAUCUGGGACAUCAAGUAUGACCGCAAGGCUCUCCAGGGUGCUCUCAAGAAAUACAUCGCUACAGGAUCAAAACUACAGACAGUGUUGUCCCGAGGGGCUUGGCGCACCCUUGAGGAACCAAUGCUGCCUCUCCACAAGGCUCGUUUGGAGUGUAUGAUAGCGCAAUUUCUUUACCUGAGGGACAUUUUAGACAACAUGUGUAGUAGAAAACUGAGAGAGACAACUGACUUUGAAUGGCGUCGUAGCAUACGUUGUUACUUCCACCCUGUUGCCACCGACACACCCACACCCAGAGAAUCUGUCACCGGCGAUGACAGUGGCCUGGACGAUUUGGCCAUACAGGAUCACCAAGAACCCCUGAUCUGGAUCCUUGAUACCCCAUACGCAUAUGGUAAUGAGUUCUACGGGACCAAUGCUGGGGCAGCUCUGACUCCUGUCACGGAGCGUUGCUUCCUGACAAUGUCACAAGCCCUCAAUAACCACCAGGGCAGCUGUGUAUCCGGACCUGUUGGAGUCGGAAAGACGGAGACAAUCAAGGGUUUGGCUAACACUCUUGGUCAGUUCCUGAGUAUGGUCCAGUGCUGUCCAGAGUUUGACCCUACUGCUUUGGCAAGGUCAAUUCAGGGAACAGCUAUGGAUGGCUGUUGGUGUUGUUUUGAUGAAGCACAGAGUCUCCACCAUAAAGCCUUAUCGGUCAUGUUUGACCACGUUGAGGCGGUACUUGUUGCCCUGAAGGCCAGACACUCCUAUGCUACUCUUGCUGAUGGUCAGGAGAUCUCAAUCAGAAAAAGCAGUGCAAUACACAUGACCAUCAACAGAGAUGACACAAGUUGCAGUCUGCCAGUAGAGGUGCGGGCACUGUUCCGUACUGUAUCGUUGAUCAAGCCGGACUUCAGUCUUAUCCUGAAGGCCAAAUGUGCCUCCAUGGGUUUCAGAGCUCCAACUGUACUGGGAGCUCGACUGAAAUCUGUAUCAGAGCUUGCCAAGGACCAACUAUCUGAGCACUUCCAUCAUUUGUUUGGUAUUGCGACAUGGACGGGUGUACUCAAGAGAGCUCUACAGAAAAGGAAGUAUGUCAGAGAUGAGAAAACUCAGGACCGCAUAGAAUCAAAAGCCAAAGACGAGACAUCGCGUUCAGAGAGCCAAGCGUCAGAGGCACCUACCAAGUUAGCUGGUCUACAGAAUGUUGGUUCAAGCAGUGUAAAGAUAUCAUCAGUGAGUAGGAAGACAGGCACACCCAACCCUAUGACUGCUGCUGGCAAACUGGAACAUGCUCUGGUGGCCCAGACCAUCCUGGAGGUCAUCUCCCCAAGACUGACCGGCAGGAAUGUAAAGCUGUUUAAGGCAGUACUGGAUGAUGUGUUCGCUGGCCUGCCUGAGCCUCCCUCUAACCUGUCCCAAAUACAGUCAGCCAAGUCUCGAGGGGCAGACAUUGAUCUAUCCCUCAAACACAAGGUGGCUGAUAAGGGCUUAGUGGCUCACGAUCCAUGGCUGACCAAGUGUAAACAGCUGUUCAACAUCUCUCAAGUCCACAGUGGUGUGAUCGUGGCUGGACCUCCGGGUAGUGGUAAAAGCACCUGUAUCCAGACCCUGGUAGACUCCUUGUCUAUAUCUGGGCGGGGCACGUCUCGUCAGUCACAAGGAAGCAGGGCUACCAACCCCGCCGAGUCUAUGCACAAACUCAUUAAGAUCAACCCAAUGGUUGUUGAUGAUGAGGCUCUCAUGUUUGGUUCUCUCAACCAGAAUCAUGACUGGAUUGAUGGCAUCUUUACUAACGCUGUGAGAAAGGCUAACAGGAACUUGAGUACCACUUGGCUCUGUCUAGAUGGCCCCCUCAACCAAGGCUGGGCUGACAACUUCAACAGUAUCCUCAGUGGAGACAAGGCAUUGCACCUGAAGAAUGGAGAUAAGCUUUUCCUGUCCGACAAUAUCAUCCUGAUAUUUGAGACGGACAGUCUGGACAAUGCCUCACCUGCCACCAUAGCGAGAUCAGGUAUAGUUUACCUGGACAAAGAUGUCCUAGGAUGGAAACCUGUAGCAGAUGCCUGGAUAGAGAGCAGAACUCCACAAGAAAUACAUGUGCCUGUCACCCCUGUCCCCGUUGCUUCAGAUCUAGAUAUUGACUCUCCAGAAGACAUAGACCCACCCAUCAAAACAGUGGAAGGGGUUUUACAAAGGGCGUUCCAGAAAACACUCGACCCUAUGGCACAGUUUGUCUUGCAUGAGGCCAAACCAAGCCUAAAGCUGUCCUUAGUUGGAAUGUUCAAGACCUGUCUAGGACUGCUAUCAGCCAUGUUGGCAGACAACAUUGAGAUCGGUGGAGAGCUUCACAUUGAACGACUUUACCUGUUCUGUCUCAUCUGGACGUUUGGUGGACUUCUCAAUGCUGCUGACAGGAAAGGUUUCAGUGACCUCCUUAAAACCCUGUCCACUGCAUUACCUGACGAUGAUCGGGACAUCUGUGUGUUUGACUACUAUGUGGACGAGUCUGGAGAGUGGGACCCGUGGACAUCUAGGGUACAGGAGGUAGCAUACACAGAUAACCAGGACAUGUUAGGUGAGGUGUUCAUGGACUCCGUCGACACAUUCCGCACAAAGAUAUUGAUGGAGUUUGCUUCAGCCUCUGGUCUGAAUGUCUUGUUGGUGGGUGCUAAUGGAUCAGGCAAGACCAGUCUUAUUGAAAGGUUCAUGGAUGUCCAAGAUCCACAGGUAGCAGUGUGUAAGAGGCUGGUAUUCUCUGGCGCCUCAUCAGCUAAACAGUUCCAGCACUUCAUUGAAGCCAACAUCCACCACAGACAAGGGUUCGUGUAUGGUGCAAAAGAGAGUAAGAAACUGAAAGUGUUUAUUGACGACGUGAACCUACCUGUACCAGAUGACCAUGGUGUUCAACGGUGCAACGAGCUCCUGAGACAGUUACUGGAUGACAAGGUCCUGUGCACACUACAGAAGCCUUUUGAGUGGAAGACUGUUGAGGACCUCAGCAUCAUUUCGGCCAUGUCCAUGAGUGACCACCCUAGUGUCAGCACACGUCAGCUGUCCAACAGACUGCUGAGACAUUUUGCUGUAUUUAACCUUGCCACACCCUCAGAGGAUGGUCUGAAGAAUAUUGUACAUGGUAUCCUGGAGGUCAAUAUGACUGAUGGUGAUUGUCAAGGACUGGAGAUCGACCUUCAUAAUAACCUUGUGAAGGCAUCGUGUGAGAUUCUCAAGGCUGUACAGAAUGUACUCAGGCCUUCCCCAAUGUAUGGCAGACGACACUAUCUCUUCUCUCUUAAGGACAUUACAGUCUGUUUCCAGAACCUAAAGAGGUUACCAGAGGAGAGCCUGGCUGAUGAGACCAUGAUACCAGUCAUAUCUCUCUGGCGCCACGAGAUGCAGAGGAUCAUUAAGGACCGAAUCAGUCGUACAGCUGAUCUCAACUGGUUCGACAGUCUGCUCCAGGAAACUAUAGAAAGCAUCUGGCCAGACUUAAAGGAACCAUUGAUUGAAAACUUUGUAACAUUUCCCACAGAUGCCAGGAUGUACCAAAGACCUGUCACUUCAGUAGGAGCUAAAAAUAUCAAGAUUAUGCUGCAGCCUAUCGACCAGCUGCGUGACGUCCAUAGUUGUCUGAAUACACACCUCACCCGUUAUAAUGAGGAGUUUGGUAACAUCCCUCUCAACAUUAUGCUGUCUGACUUCAUCAUUGCUCACAUCAUCAGGAUGCAUCGAGUUCUUAGCUUCCACCAUGGUGGUAACAUGCUGUUAAUUGGAGCUGUGGGUUCCCACCUGGCUACCCUGUGUAAGCUGGCCCUGCAUGUGGCUGAUGUUCCUAUUCACAAGGUUGAUACAAGCAAACAGAGUAACUUCUUCGAUGGAUUGCGAUCAGCAGUACGACUUUGUGGAUCAGAGGGCAAAAUUCUGUCUGUCAUGUUCACGGCACGUGACCUGGAGGACCCAGUAUAUCUAGAUGCCAUCAACAGCCUUCUGAUAAGUGGGGAGUAUCCUCACUUGUUCUCCAAUGAUGAGCUGGAGGGACUCCUACAGGCGAUCGGACCUGCCAUGAAGAGAGAGUUCCCCAACAUGUCUGUCGAUCCAAUGAAGUUUUUUGUGGCAAGAGUAAAAAGCAACCUUCAUUUCUUAAUCUGUUUGCAACCUGGACACACACUGCUCAGCAUUGCAGCAAGUCAGUACCCAGGUCUACUCAGUGGCUGUGCCAUCAACUGGAUGUGUGACUGGCCACAGGUGGCUCUGCUUGGCGAGGCAUCCUACUUCAUCACCAGAUUCCAGCUGACAGAGGAAUUUGAGGACCUCAGUGAGAAUGUGACAGUAUGCCUAGCCAACAUCCACAGUUUCGUGCUGCGUGACUGUCGCCAGCUUCCCUGGGCGGGAGACAUGUCAGGGGAGGUCACUAUGAACCAGCUCAAGUUACAUGACAAGAAAAAGGAACAGAUAAAGACACAGUCCAUCACCGUACCCAACCAUCCAUACUCCAAACUCAUCAUGUUGGAGCGAAUCAAGAGCAGUCAUCGUUCUGAGUUAGUGAAGGCUAAGAAUGAAGUAUACAUAGGCCCAACUACUUAUCGACGAUUCAUGGAGUGCUUCAAGUACCUCUAUAAUGAGAAGGCCAAGGAGAGGACCAGCACUGUGGACCAGCUCAAAAAAGUUAUAUCAACCAUGGACCAGACGAGAACUGAUGCCAAAGUGAUGAAGAAAGCCAUUAAGUCUAUCAUGGGCAAGUUUGACGAGGCUAAGAAGAACACCGCUGACUUGUUACACAAAUUGACUAACAAGGCAACCAGCUUGGAGAAACUGAAAGCCAAGGUUGGACUGAGCACUUCUUUGGAUGCUUACCUACAUCUCACUGAGAUGGAGACUGAAGAAGAGGAGGAAGAUGAACUUCUACAACAAGAGGAUUACGAUGACUAUGACAAGGAGUUUGACAAGAUGAGAGAGGCGAAUCUGAAGACAAGACAAGUGGCUGCCAAAGAAGAACAUGUACUGGCACUCAAACACGUAGAAGAGUGUCGUCAGAACCUGGAGUACGCUCGUCAGCAGGUGUUACACUGGAAGUCUAAGGUUGACCGGCAGUGUAUUGAACGACUGAAGGGUUUCAGUACACCUCCAGUGCUGGUCGGCUCUGUCAUGGAAAUGGUCAUGACUCUCAUUGGGAAACGCCUGCCAUCUCAACGUCUGCAGGAAUCACGAGACUAUCACGGGAAAGAUGACCUGUCCAGUCGUAUGUCGUCCAGCUCCAGUAGCACCAAGGUCAUCUCAAAGAAAGCUAAGAAAGACAGUGACCGGUUUGACCGUGCCCAGUGGAAGGCCAUGACGUUGACCAUGAUGGACACUACCAAGUUUGUUGACAUGUUGCACAACGUUCCUUGGGAGGAUGGCCUCUCUGAUGAUGUUCUCAGAGCUGUGGAAAGCUACCUUGCAACUGGCAAAGAUGGUCAGUUGGGUGUGACAGGGGAAGGAACUCUUCUUGACAAUGCUCAAGAUAUGUCAUUCCGAGCGCAGAAAAGAACACCAUCGCCUGAUGGUUCCAAGGGUAUCACUAUUGCUGGAGCUAAGUAUUCUAGUGAAGAUUGUGCCACACUGGUCCAGUACACUAUUGCUAUAGUAGAAUACACUCGUCUAUGUGGCCCACUUAAGAGCUCCCUGGAGCGCCUCAAUGAAUUACAACGAGAGAUUGAGGAGAAUGACCGCAUACAGCGUGAACGUGAGGAGGAGCCCAAGGAGGAAGAGAAGGCCCCUACCCCAGAGCCAGAGGAGGAGUAUACAGAGGAUGACCUUGCCCGGCUCCAGGAGGAGGUCUCUGCCCUUCAGCAAGUGUUCGAUCAAUCAGUUGUUGAAAAACAUAGUUUGGAGAUGGAACUUCAAUCCAUGAAUGAAAGGCUCAAGGCAGCAACAGAAAUGGUUGAGAGCCUAAAGUUCCAGGAGCAGUCAUGGAGGAAACAUGUGAAGGAGAAUGAUUGUAAUGAAUUGUUACUUGGCAACUGUAUGACAGCAGCUGCUUUCCUCACAUACUGUGGUCCAGCCAACUUAGAUACAAGGAAAAGAAUGGGAGAAUUUUUCAUGCAAGUCUGUGAGCAUCAUCAAUUGCCAUUACCUAGACGCAGACUUUUUAGAAACUUAGAAUUGGUCGAGUUCCUCAACAAACGACUGGACAUCAUGAACCUGGAGAUAGAGAGACUGCCCACUACACGUCUGAUGUUGGAGAACGCCUGCUUCCUAAUGCAGGAGGAAAGUACCACUGCCUGGCCCCUUAUCUGUGACCCCACCUCCAGGGUCAUUGACUGGCUUCAGUUCUACAAACGGUCAAAGGGUCUGGUGUGCGUCAGAUACAGUGAGAUGCGUUCCCAGUUUGAGAACUGCCUAGCUGAUGGAAGUCCCCUUCUGGUAACUGACUGUGACGUUAAACUACUCUCCAAAGAUAAACGUUUCAGGGACGCCAUACAGAGGUGUAAUCGAUUCAUUAACGAAAAGAGCCGCUUCAAAAUAUUUGUGGAGGACCAUGAAGUGGAGUGUGACCCUAAGUUCCGUCUCUACCUACACACGACAUUGGAGCCUCACAAUGUGCCAUCGCACUUGGCUGCCUAUUGCUCCAUUAUGUUCUUCCAGCAGUCCCGACUCUGUAUCGAGGAGGAGCUCCUUGACCGAUUCCUUGCCAAGGAGAAAAGCAGGCUAGAAGAUGAACGCACCACUCUCAGACAGGAGAAGAAGGAGAACAUCCAGACCUUGGAGAAGCUUGAGAAGCAGAUGAAGGACAAUCUGUCCAGUGAUGUCCGUCUGAUGAAUGACCUCCAGGCCACUAAGAAACUUGCUGAGCUCAAGAAACAGUAUGAUGAGACAGUGGAGAGUCAUAGUCGAGUGGAGUCAGCAGAGAACUCUAUCAUGAAGAAUCGUGAGUUACACCGCCCCAUCGCGCAGAGAGCAGCCGUAUGCUUUGAUGUUUGUCAGUACAUGCGGGAGGUGAACAGAUUGUACCAGAUGUCUUAUACACAGUUUUUGUCACUGUAUGAUACUGCUAUCAGUCACUCAGACAGGUCAGUUGUACCCAAGGUUGUGAUAGAGAAGGUGACAAACAGUGCCUAUACCACCACUGCCCGUGGACUGCUGGAACGCGAUAGAAGCAUCUUUGCUUUGCUUCUUGCCAUUGAGGUUGAAGAUUCACUGAAGAAGAUUGGUCGAGGUGAACGAGAGUUCCUCAUCUCUCCUAACUACAGUAUGGUAGUGAUGACAGCGAUCGGAGCUGGCCAACCUCCAGACAGCAAAAUUGUACAAGCCAAGAAGCCUUUUGACUGGAUGACAGAGGAACAAUUCCAUAACUUGCAGAUACUGGCCAUGUAUUUUGAGUGGUUCCAGGAAAUGUUUGAUCGCAUGCCCAAAGAUGGGCGAGAGACCCAGUGGCGCACUCUCUGUGAGAGUGACCUUCCUGAGAACGUCGCUCUACCAGACAAGAUGGAUGACCAUUAUGAACAGAUGCAGCGUCUUUGUGUGAUAAGAGCCGUGAGGAGUGACCGCCUUAUGCAGGCCUCCACCAACUUCAUCACCAAUGUGCUUGGCAGAAGGUACUAUGGAGACAUUGGCAUAGAUUUGACAAGUAUGCUGCGACAGAGUACGCCCACCAUUCCGCUGAUCUUACUGUAUUCUGUGGAGGUGGAACAUGUCACCAAACUGUUCCAUGACUUCUCCCACAGGAAGCAGGCCAAGACACUGUCCCUCACCAUCAAUGAUGACACACCUGCUAUAGAGAGGACUGCUAAACGUAUCAUCCACAAGGGCAUGCAGGAGGGAUUGUGGGUGCUUCUUCACAAUGCUCAUAACUCCCCACACCUGAUGAAUAACCUGGAGGCCAUCUUGACAGAGGAGACCAACCCAGAAGCAAACUUCCAUCUGUGGAUUACAUCCAAGGUGGAUACCACUGCCCUACCAAUCAGACUGUUGCAGAACUCCAUCAAAGCUGUCAUAGACACACCCAAGGUGAUGAAGGACAGCCUGAUUCGGUCAUUUACAUCAUUUGAAUCUGAUAUCCUGAAGCAGUCAUCAAGACCAGAAUGGCCUCUUAUGUUACACAACCUUUGCUACCUCCAUGGGGCACUGCAGCUGAGGGCACGGUAUGGUCAGGGAGGCUGGAACAACUGUCAAGAUUUCCUCAACAUUGGCAUCAAUGAAAUACAGGAAGCCCUAAGCUUCAUGAUUACAGAGUUCAAGGAGCCCCUGACAUGUGUGUCACCUGAUGGGUCACAGACACCACGGUCUACUUCCUGGACUGGAAUACGAUAUAUGCUCUCAGAGAUUAUCUACGGGAGCUAUAUCACAGACGAUUAUGACAGGAACAGUAUGAGUUCUAUAGUAGAUUACUGGAUCUCACCUAAUGCUGUCAAGAAAGAUUUUGACGUGGCAAAGUUGAAGUAUCGUCAUCCCCCGGGCUUCUUCAAUACCAACCCACGCCUCAACAACCUCAUUCAGGCUCUCGAUGGCAUCAAUAACCACUUCCUCGAUGUUCCAGAGGGUUGUCACUUACAUCACAGCAACAUAGAGACACUACUGGGAGAUGAGCAGUAUGUUUUUACUCGACUCAACAAAGUGUUUGAUGCCAUGCCCUCUACGGAGACGUUGUCUCACAAACUUUUCCCCAAACCACCAACUCCAUUCCAUGGUCCAGCCAAGGCAGAGAUCAGCAAGUACAGUAACAACCCAGCUGUCUUUACCCAGGGCACUUUUGCUACCUCCACAUACUCUGUCCUUAAACGAACCAAGGAGAUAGAGUUGUGGGAAGUGUGUCACACACUACUCACCAAAAUGCCAAAAUCCUACAACAGGUACAAAUAUUUCUUUUUGUAGGAUUUUCUAUUGGACCGAGUUAAGAAAAUGGCUGAUUUCCCAUCCUUCAACACCUUUGUCAUGAAAGAGUUUGAUCAAAUGAUCCUCCUCAUCACUGAGAUCAGGACAACACUACAGGCCAUUAAGAAUGCAUGCGAGACAAACGUUCUGGGUGACAUGAUGUCUGACCAUAUUCUGUCUGCGGCUGAUGAUCUGUUCUAUGGCCGUACACCCCAAACCUGGUGUCGCAUGGCUGGCAGCUCAGCUCCUCCCAUGAAUUUUGCAGUUGGCAAUUGGUUCAAUGAUCUUGGAAACAGAUGUCUACAUUUUGAAAGAAUACUCAGCCAGGGACGAGACAAGAUGCCCUGUUACUGGUUAGGAGCCUUCUUCAACCCACGAGGACUCCUUGCCCUCCUCAAACAGGAUUACAUCCGUCACUACUGUGGAGACCGCUCUGGAAACUUUGAACAGUUUGUGUUCCAGACAGAGGUCACCACCAGGGAUAAGGAACAUCUACGAGACCCACCUCCAGAGGGAAUGUUUGUGUAUGGGAUCCACAUGUGGGGUUGUGCUUGGGAGAAGACUACAAUGGAGCUCCAGGACACACCUCCAAGGAUUGGCUAUUCUAGUCUGCCUGUUGUCCAUGUAAACUGCUACCCUAUCAAUGAAAAACCCCUUCUUCAGGACCCUGUCAAGGCUGCCGAGGUGUACCAGUGUCCCGUCUAUGCCUCGCGUCUCAGCAAGCGUGAACCUAUCAUGGAGAUGGACUUCAAACGGGAGGGUUACCCUGCCACACGCUGGGCUCUAAGGGGACUGUCAUGUACCAUCAGAAACUAUUGAGAGUUUUUCUCUCCUACAGUGUUGACCGUUUCAAAUUACAAGUCUUGUGUCCCACCGUGUACCUGCCAUUGUGUACUGAACCUAUCCAAGGAGGCUGAUUGUUGCAAAUGUGUAGACUUACUGCAAGGAAAUUCUUACCUAACUAUGUAUUAAUUUUUGAGAAAUCUCGAGUGUUGAAUUGUGAUUCAUCACAUUAUUUGUUAUAUUGAAUAUCAUUAUCCUGAAACUGGAAUUAAGAGUUUAGAAUAAAAACCAAUAAAUUUCAGAACCCCACCCUUAUAAGCAUGUUAUGUAAGUUAUGGAAUACUGUACACAGACUAGAUACCUUCAGUAUCAUUUCGAUCAACACUGCGUGUCCUGUUGUAGUGUCGAAUUUAAAAUUACCAGUAUUUCUUCAGCCAAAGUUGAUGACUUUGUACAAGGACUAAGGUCAUUCAUAUAGAUUUGUGUUAUAGUUGUAGAAAUGUCAAAACAGCUAGAUCCUUGUUUAUACUUAAGAUUUUUAUAUAUUAGUUUUGCAGAGUGGCCAAAUAAACUGGAUCUGAACCUGUAUAAUCAACUGCACAUAGAAGUGCCUUAUAGCCGUGUCAAAUCUUCUUGUGCAUAUAAUGCUCAAGUCUGUGAUAUCAUAUAGAAAUGUAUAUAUCUGAAAUUCUUGUAGACUUCAGAAGU